AUGCCGCGCAAGCAGGACGAGGAUGUAUUUCAGAAGCUACGCACGCACUAUGCGAGCGUGCCGAGCGCGCUGUACGCAGUGCUCGACGCGUGCACUGCGGAGCCGUUUCAAACUGUGGUGCUCCGCAAUCUGCCGCACCUUACAACCGCGGCGAAGCUCGAAAAAAAAUUGCGCCGCAGCUACGCCUUGCUGGGCAAGCCGUUUGAAGUUUGUGCGCUUCGGGCGCGGCGCCUGCCCCCCCUUGGUGGCGGCGACGGCCCCCAGCGCGUAUCUAGCAUACUUACAAAAGCACCUUUUCCGCUGUUGGCCAACGUAACCAAACUUGCGGCGCACCAUAGCGCUUCGUCGUUUCUCGUGCGCUUGCAGUCCGCAGCAGAAGCGAUGCGCCUCGUCCGCUCGUGGCACCGCACGCGGUACAUGCCGCAGAAAUACAGUGUAGAGCGCACGGGCGAUGCGUAUGUAGUCGACGCACACAUUCUGUACUAA